ACUUUCUUUCUGUGUGGGUUGAAUUCAACCCAAAAUCUCCCUCCUCAAAAUCCACCCGUAAAGGGAUAUUCCCUCAAAGAAGAGUCUCUAUAAAAUCUGCCUCUGUGGACAAUGAGCCACACAGCAACAAGUCCAGCCUGAGUGCUUUACCUCUAACAGACUUUCUGGACACCCAGCCAAUCUAAUACAACACACCGACCAAAAUGACUGCUUCUCGCUUCGUCAUUUUCACCGCAGUGGUGGUGCUUCUGUGCGCAGUUAGCCUCAGUGAAGGUUUACGUAUUGGACCACAAAGGUGCUGUUUUACCUUUUCAACCCGUCCUGUGCCAAUCAAAAGAGUGGUUGAGUACAGCAUGACAAGCCAGCAGUGCACCAAUGAAGCCGUGCUGUUCAAGACUGUGAAGGGUCAUUACGUGUGUGCCAACCCCACUGACUCAUGGGUAAAGGAGAACAUCAAGAUCAUUGACAGCAGGAACGUCGGAAGCCAAGGGACCUUGUAAUCAUGUUGACCUGCGUCCUCCAACUUCUGAACCAUUUUGGAAGCACUGGACAAGUGUGGAGUCUGAGCAAAACUGAAGAAAAAAAAAAAAGAAAAGAAAAAAGAAUGCAAUUAUUUUACUCACCGACAAAUGCAUUGUCUCUAACUGAUCAGUAUACUGAAGCUAAAGGGUUAAACAGUCCAGAAUGUAUGUUGUUUAAGUUGUUUAUCUAUUUGACAUGUCAUUUGUCUCAGUAAUGUAUUUCUAAAAAGAGUGUUUUGCACUGAAAGAUAAAGUAUUGCAGAUUAUCAGCCUAUAGCUCAAAGAAUCUAGUUUAUAUAAGAACAAUAAAUUAAUCGGAAUAUUUCUUUGACGUGUAGUUUAAGACAACCUAAUUGUGAUAGUGAUCUGUUUAUGUAAGUGUUUGCUAAUGUAACCUCCUCACAAUAAAGACACUUUUGGAUAAAGACA